UCCGACGAUUCGCGGUUGCGCCAAGUGGUAGAGGAUGUUGCUAGCAGCCAGUGUAGAUGCACAGCCUUUUUCACAACAAUAACAUCAACCGAAUUUGCAUCCUCACGUACUGGAUUUGAGGAUUAUACAUUCCCACGCUAUCGGAAACCGUGCUUUGGACCACGACACGCCGAAUUGUCUCCUGUAUUUUUGACUACAUCUUCUGUUGACAAUGGGAGCGGUGGGGUUUGCAGAUUUACAAGGCUCCUUUUUGCAGGAGCAGAAACAAGAAUCAUGGCUGGCCAGCUAGGCCGCAGAUGGAUUUUGCAGCUGAGAGCAACAGUCUAUUGAUAUUAAGUACUGUACGUAUUGUCAGCACUUGUACUUAAAAGCGGUGCUAAAGAGCCAGCAUUUUCAUUCCGGGACUCCCUUCGGUUUUUGUUGUCUUUUUGGGGCCAACAACAGAAGCUAGUGAGCCCGCUAGCUUCACAACCUUGACUGGUUGACGUCUUGCCUUCGUAGUUAGCUCCAUUAGCCAGCUAACGAUAGCUAGCAUCGCUUCGCGAGCCAUCCGCUGGUUAAAACAAUUCUGGAAAAGACGUUUGUUUUAGUAUUUGCUCUCGUUGUUGUUUACCCCAAUAUACGUGUAUCGCAAAUUCCUUUUGCAACGUCUGCUACUGGAUGAAUGUGGGACAAAAUGGAGACCCCGACGAUUGUGUACGAUUUGGAUACCUCUGGGGGCUUAAUGGAGCAAAUCCAAACACUACUGGCGCCCCCAAAGUCCGAGGAGGUAGAGAAGAGGAGUCGGAAGUUGGUGAGAGACGUCCGGAGGAGCGGCAGAGCCACUAACCACGACACCUGCGAUAGUUGCCGGGAGGGGGGAGACCUGCUGUGCUGUGACCACUGUCCUGCAGCUUUCCACCUCCAGUGCUGUAACCCACCUCUGAGUGAAGAAAUGCUUCCACCAGGGGAAUGGAUGUGUCAUCGCUGUAAUGUUCGAAAAAAGAAGCGAGAGCAGAAGUCUGAACAGACCAAUGGCCUACCAGAGAGAUCCUCAUCUAAGCGCUCUGUGUCCCCGGCUGUAGAGCUGGAGCUCAGCGCUGGUCCGCUGCGGCUCGAUGGCCUUCCUCCAGGGGCAGGAGCAGCUGGGCCUGGCCUGCGAGUGGCCCAGGUACGCCUUUUGGACCGCAGGACCAGCAGCAGGCCGAGCAGCCGGCCUGGGACUCCAACCUCCAACACUUCGUCCACGCCGACCCCAUCAGAGGACCAGAAUGACGGGGACGAGGAGGCGGCAGAGCCUGAGGAUGAAGUUCAGGGCACAGAACUUGAGGGUGCCAUGCCAUCUGCUCCAACACCACGCCUUCUCAAGAGGCCCUUUCAGCUCCUUAUAGCAGCCGCUAUGGAGAGAAAUCCCACACAGUUUCAGCUGCCCAGCGAGCUCACCUGCACCACUGCACUGCCAGGCAGCAGUAAACGGAGAAGGAAAGAGGAGCUGCUAGGGAAGCCAUUCAGGAGACCUCAACACGAACUGGAUCCUAAUGGUCUGGUCCCUCUACCAGUCAAAAUCUGCUUUUCAUGCAACAGGAGUUGCAGGUUGGCUCCGCUGAUCCAGUGUGAUUACUGUCCACUUCUCUUUCACAUGGACUGUCUGGACCCUCCGCUUACAGCUUUACCUGCAGGCAAAUGGAUGUGUCCAAACCAUGUUGAGCACUUAGUGCUGAAUCAGAGGAGCCUAAGCCUGUCCAGCCGCUGUCAGCUCUUCGACCAGUUUCAAGACAGGAUGUCCCAGCAUGCGGUCAAGUUAGACUUCCUACGUAGAGUCCAUCGGCAGAAUGCACCUAACCGCCGCACUGCUCACCAGCACAAGAAGAAGACCAUCAAGGUGCCAGAUGCCAUCAAGUCCCAGUAUCAGAAUCCUCCCCCUAUGUUGCUUCCUGCAGGGGUGCGUCAGUUGGAACUGGUUUGUAGCGGCGUUCCCGACCAUCGCCCCUCAAAGCACCUCACCACAGAGGUGGAGCAGCAGGAGUGGCUUCAGGAUGUCAUUGCACUUCAGUGCAGCAUCAUGCGUCACCUAUCCAUCAAGCAGAAGACCUCAUCCACAGCAUCGUCAGCUGAGUGGGGCUCUGAGCAAAAAGUUAGUACAAAACCACGCUUGCCAUCAGAGGACAUGAAAACUCAGGCCUCUUUAGGAAGGACUGCUUCCCCUGACCCUUGCUCAAAACCUUGUAGUACACCCGAUGACCCCCAGGGGUCCUCUUUUUCCAGGGACACUCCAGCAGAGCUGGGUGUGUGUAAAUGCAGGAUGACGCCUUGUCAGAAUUGUAGGAAAUCCAAUGGACCUCUGGCAGAGAUUCAGCCUCCCAAAGCCAAUGGACCUGUAGACUGUAACAGUGCCUCAGACUCCUGCAGGCAGGCUGAGCUGCAGCACAGACUGAAGCCUAGUCCAGCACCUCAAGACUCAGCCCCAGGCUCUGGGCUGGUAAACCACAUAGGAACAGAAACAGUUAAAAAGGAAUCUGAGAGCAGUACAGAAUCCUGUGCUCAGAAAAUUUGCCCCACUGCCCCCACGAUAUGGAGCCACAGCAGCCAGCAGAACCACAGGAGCCAAAAGGAGCUCCAGGAGGAGUGUGUGAGCAGUGAUGAAAAACCAUCGUACUCUGUCACCAGCAGUUCUCUCUCACACACACCACCUAAAGGCAACCAGAAGCAUGACUCGACCAAGCUGGGGUCAUCGUCACCAUCUCCAGACAUAAAGGUUGGUCCUGGACUGAUGGGCUCGCUGCUGCCUGCCACUCUCUCCACCAUUGCAAACCUGUCCAGCUGCAUGAAGGAUGGAAAAGAGGAGGAUGGGGGGAUUGAGCUGGACAAACUGGAUGCAGAGAUGAUCAAGCUCCUGGCCUAUCAGAGAAUCCAGCAGCUCUUCCCCCCUAAAGUGCCCAGCACUCCACCUCCCCCAGCCAGCAGCGCUGCCCCCAAAACCCCAUCACCCCACCCUGAAAGUCAGAAGAAAGUGCAAGCCCGAGCGGUGUUUUACCCUCUGACAGGAAAAGGAGGAGCAGUCAGCAUGUGCUAUAGGACAUUAUAUAUAGGAUCUGGUGCUGACAUGGACGUGUGCCUUACAAACUAUGGCCACUGCAACUACAUAUCGGGAAAGCACGCCUGUAUUUUCUAUGAUGAGAAUACCAAGCAUUAUGAGCUGCUAAACUACAGCGAGCACGGCACUACAGUGGACAAUGUCCUCUAUUCGUGCGACUUCUCUGAGAAGGCCUCACCUUCUCCACCCAGCGGCCUAGUGGCAAAAGUUCAAGGCAUUAUCCGUCGCAGUAAAAAGCGUGAGGAGGACGAAGGCCCCAGCUGUGUGGUGGGUUUGUUUCCAGCCGGCGGGGUGAUGAGCAGUCAGUCUCAAUGCAGUGUGGAGCCGUAUUGCAGCUGUAAGGCCAGCAGCUCCAGCCUGAUCGGUGGCAGCGGGGCAGGCUGGGAGGGCACGGCCCUGCUCCACCAUGGCAGCUACAUCAAACUGGGCUGCCUCCAGUUUGUCUUUAGCAUCACCGAGUUUGCCAGUAAGCAGCCCAAAGAGGAGCAGACCACUGUGCCCGCUGCCAGUUGCACAAGCACCACCAGCAGCAGCAGCUGCACGGCCAGCACCACCCUCACCACCACUACCACCACCUCUACACCAUCCACCAACACUGCCGCAGUGAGCAGCCCUUCCAGCCAGGAUGAGGCUGACGCUGAGACUGUCCCUCCCCACCAAGUGCCCGUACUGCGUUCGAACUCUGUUCCAUAGCCUGCACAGGAAGCCCCGCCCUCCCUCCUUUUGCACCUUUCGAGUCACAAUGAAGGGAAAGCUGCACAGCUGGUUGGUCAACAGGGAAAAGUUUAUUUUUUCAUUUUUAAUGGUUUAUAUCUUUGCAUGAACUUGAAGUAUUAUUGACAAUCUCUUCUGUUUGUGAAUGACUGACAGUAACCUUCUAUUCACUUCAGACCGUUAAGACUUUGAGCGAACAUUAUUUACCUGCGCUCAGUUUUUCUUUUUGCCAGUAUAUUAGUUAUGUAUGGUGUAACCUUACUUUGUCAGUCAGCCCAUUUAGCACAAAUUGUUUAUUUUGUAGUAUUGAAUUCCAUACAUUCUACUUUCUUUUGCUGCUUUUGCACCACAGGUAGCUAUAUAUGUAUGAAAACAUACAUGCUUAUACACUAUAUGUAUAUAUAAUGUAAAUAUAUAAUAUUCAGUGCCUCUCAAUUGGAGAAACAUUGGAUUUCAUGUAGAUUUACCAUUUUUUGGUUUUUAACUGUACAGUUCAUGAAUUUGUGAUACUGUGUAGAGUACCAGAAGUUUUGUGAUAAAACUUGUUCUUAGUCUGUACUUUCCACUGUAGUCCAUCUGUAAAUACUGUAUUGUUUUAGCACUCAUUUUAACAUCUUGUGCUGCUCUGUAUAUAAGCACUCUGUCUGUACCUGCUUGUCUGUUCAAACCUGUAAAUACAGAAAGAUUUUCUAAGAACAAACUCA